GUUUGUUUUUGUGGAUUCCAAUAAAAGUCUGGAUGUUUUUCCACGGAGAAGGGGCUAACCUGAAGCCAACAACAAGCGCCCAGCAGCAGCAGCAGCAGCGAUGCCCAGCCCUUUAUUCCACCCAGACAUCCUAGAUCAUGACCGCCAGUCCUCCUCCCCCAGUUCUGUUGUCAACGGGAUGACUUUGACGCGAGAGCCCGAGCAAGAGGCCCCUGAUCCUGGGGAGCAAGAGGCAGCGCUGCGCUACGCCCUCGACCAGCUCAGCAUCUUGGCCAUGGAGAAAGUGGACCAACACCAACACCACCACCAUCACCACCACCACCACCACCAACACCAGAGAAAUGGACUGGAGCUAGUGGACAGCCUGGAUAGCAGUGGAGUAGUUGGUGUGGUGGGGGAGACCUCCUGCAAUGGCGUUAUGGGUGGAGGUGGAGGAGGUGGAGGUGGAUAUGUCGAUUUAAACAUGCUGGACCACCAGCAGCAUCAUCAUCAUCAGCAGCAUCCGCAUGGAGGGUGUUCAAGUGAGUCUCCUAAUUCGUGCUCCCCGAGUCCUGAGUACUACGGAGGGGGGGGGUCCUAUCCGCAGCUGGCGGGGGGCCCCAACUGCAGCGCCGCUCUCGGGGACCCCAACUCGGCGCUGAGCCGCAAGAGGUCCGUCAACAUGACUGAGUGUGUCGCCGUGCCGACUUCAGAACACGUGGCCGAGAUUGUCGGCAGACAAGGUUGUAAGAUCAAGGCCCUGAGAGCGAAGACCAACACCUACAUCAAGACUCCGGUGCGAGGCGAGGAGCCCGUCUUCAUUGUCACCGGGCGUCAGGAGGACGUCCAGGUAGCCAAGAGGGAAAUCGUCUCCGCAGCAGAACACUUCUCCAUGAUCCGGGCCUCCAGGUGCAAAGCUGCUGCUGCGGCCGCCGCUGCUGCAGGCUCGGGAGCCGGUCCCGCCAUCGCCGGAGGGGGCGGAGCACUGGGGCCGCCCAAUUUACCUGGACAGACUACGAUACAGGUGCGUGUUCCGUACCGUGUGGUGGGGCUCGUGGUGGGACCCAAAGGAGCCACAAUCAAGAGAAUCCAGCAGCAGACGCACACCUACAUCGUCACGCCCAGCCGGGAGAAGGACCCCGUCUUUGAGGUUACGGGGAUGCCAGAGAACGUGGAGCGUGCCCGUGAGGAGAUCGAGACCCACAUCACGCUGCGCACCGGAGCCUUCGUGGACCUGCUGCAGGCCUCGCAGGACGGAACCAACCACCACCACCACCAUCACCAUGACGACUUCCACUCCAACGGCACCGACGUCAGUCUAGAAGGUCUGGGUGGUUUGGGGGCCGCCAGCCCUGCUAUGCUCUGGUCUCGAGCCACCAAUCACCACCACCACUCAGCAGCAGGUCCUCCUCCUCCUCCUUCUCUCUCCGGCUCCCGUAAACCCUCUUGCUCCGCCUACCCUCCUCCUCUUGACUCCUCCUCCUCUAUGACAUCAGCGGUGACCUCAUCAUCGUCGGCCGUGUCCUCGUAUCCCCAUCGGCAGGAGAGUCCCACGAGCCCCUUCAGCACCGGCAGCAGCAGCGGUGGUGGUAACGGUGGUGGCUUCUCCUUCGGUCCCGACCCGCUCUCCGCUCCCCCGUCCUCCUCAGAUGAGCUGACUCAGCAUUUCGAUUUCUCCUCCUCCAACAUCUGGUCUCCCUUCACCAACGGAGCAGGAGCAGGAGCAGGAGGCGGGGCUAGCGGAACACCCGUGGUGGCCCCUCCCACUUCCUCGUCCGCGUCAGUGCGCCGCAACAGCAGCGCGCUGACCCCGCGGCUGUCCCCGACUUUACCCGGCGCCGACCCGGCAACCAUUGUGACAUCAUCCUCGUCGCCGUCCUCCGUCGGAGGGGGAGGAGGGGUGGGGCUUGGAGGGCUGGAGACACACCCCCUGGCCCGGCGAGCCCAAUCGGACCCGCUCAGCACCCUUGCGUGGCUACAGACCACCAAUGGCGGAGGAGGCUCCUCCUUCUCCUCCUCCUCCUCGACCGGUUACUCCUCCUCCUCCUGCUCCGCCUCCUCUCUACCCGGCGGCUCUCCCACCGAGUCGGAAGGCGGAGGCGGCGGAAUGUCAGGAGGAAUUCUGGGAAGGCUGAAGUCCUGCAGUGUCAGUGGCGGGACGACAGGAGGGCUGGUGGUCGGUGGAGGCAUUGGAGCAGGUGUCUCCACUCGUGACUGCUGUGUGUGUUUCGAGAGCGAGGUGACUGCCGCCCUGGUGCCCUGUGGCCACAACCUCUUCUGCAUGGAGUGCGCCGCCCAGAUCCUCCAGCAGGAGGCGCCAGUGUGCCCCAAGUGCAGGACGCCGACCACGCAAUGCAUACGCAUCUUCUCAUAGGAGACGCACGCACACACACACACACACACACACACACACACACACACACGCGCGCGCAUAUACACACACACACACGCAUAUACUCACACACACAUGCAUACGCAUAUUCACACACACACAUACUCACACUCACGCAUAUACUCACACACACACACACACACACGCAUAUACACACACACGCAUAUACACACACACGCAUAUUCACACACACGAAUAUAUACACGUACACACACACACACACUCUAAUACACACACAACGCAUCAGGAUAUUCUCAUGAGAUACACACACACACACGCACUAAUACAGUCAUACACACACAGACACACACACACACACGUCAAAAACAAACCACACGCAAAAAAAGCAACAACAAAAAAGUUUCUCUCAGACAUUUUGGGAACCAGUGAUUUGCUUCCAGUCGGAUAUUAAACCUUUUCUAGAUUA